GACACCGAUCAAAUAUAAAAAAAAAUUGAGAUCGUAUAACCAUUUACCUAUUUACGAUACAGAUUUUUAAACACAGCCAUGUCAGAUUCAGAUGCAUGGAGCGAUAUCCAAGCUAUCAAAAGCAAACAGAGCAGCCUGAGAGCAAAAAUGCUCCAGAGACGAAAAGAAAGAGAAGGAAUUGCAGCCGAAAUCACCAAGUCCAGCAUUUCACCGACAACAAGUAGUGAAGAUACAAAGAGCCAAUCAGAAACUGCCAGUCCUGUUAAAGCAAUACCAUCUACUUCUUCCAGUCCAGUAAAGUCCACUCAGGCAGUAGAACCUACAAAGAUAGACCCUGUCUUAGAGAAGAAAAUCAUGUUGGCCCUCUGUGACAUAGAUCUAGACAUACCAUGUAGUUCUAGUGUUAUAGCUGAACAUUCGUCUAAAAUACUCAAACAGACUGUUAAACUUGAUAUUGUGGAAGAACUUCUUAAGAAAUUUGCAGGGCAACAGCUGAUUAAUAUAACAGUAAAAGAUGACAACUCAGAAGAUGAACAAGGCAAAAUUAUUGUCAAUAGUAUGGAUAUAUCUAAGCUAUCUUCAAUGACAAAAGAAAGCGAUGACAAAGUAUCUAAGAAAAGGAAACAUGACGGGGAUAGCAGUAUUGAAGAACCGACAGUGAAACAAUCCAAAGUUAAAGAUAACAGCAUUGAGAGCCUUUUGUCAAUGGAAUCUGCCAAGGAGAAGGAAAAUAAGAAAUUGAAUGAAGAAAUCUUAGAAUUGUUGGAUAAACCCACAGCAAAGGAACAAUUCCUAACUCAGAGGUUCAAAUCCCAAGGAGGUGCCCAACUGAAGGAAUUUUGUCAGUUUGGUACCAGAGAAGAAUGCUCCAGAUUAAAGGAAACAUCAAAGCCUUGUAAAAGACUUCAUUUUAGAAAAAUUAUCAACAAACAUACAGAUGAAUCACUUGGUGAUUGUUCCUUCCUGAACACUUGUUUCCAUAUGGACACAUGCAAGUAUGUACAUUAUGAGGUUGAAUACCAAGCUAAGUUAGGACUUACCAAAGAAUUGUCUGUCACAAAGAAAAUAGAAAAUACUGAUGUACAAAUGUUUCCACCUCAGUGGAUCCAGUGUGAUCUUCGAGUGUUUGACAUGUCAGUGCUUGGGAAAUGUGCGGUUAUCAUGGCUGAUCCACCAUGGGAUAUCCACAUGGAAUUACCCUAUGGAACAAUGCAGGAUGAUGAAAUGAGAAAGUUGCCAGUCCCAGCUUUACAAGAUGAUGGAUAUAUAUUCUUGUGGGUCACAGGAAGAGCUAUGGAACUAGGAAGAGAAUGUUUGGAUCUGUGGGGAUAUACAAGAAUGGAUGAAUUGAUAUGGGUGAAGACCAAUCAACUACAGAGAAUAAUAAGGACAGGAAGAACUGGUCAUUGGCUGAAUCAUGGAAAAGAACAUUGUCUGGUUGGUGUAAAAGGUAACCCUAAAGGUGUGAAUUGUGGUUUGGACUGUGAUGUUAUUGUAGCAGAGGUAAGGGCUACCAGUCAUAAACCUGAUGAAGUCUAUGGUAUUAUAGAAAGGUUGUCUCCAGGAACAAGAAAAGUAGAACUGUUUGGUCGUCCACAUAAUGUACAGCCUAAUUGGAUAACACUAGGAAACCAAACAGAAGGAGUUCGAUUAAAGGAUCCUGACAUUGUGGCCAGAUUUAAAGAGAGAUAUCCAGAUGGAAACUGUAUGGAACCAGCCAAACCUAGAUAGUGAUGUCUUCCUGAAUGAUAUUGACAUAUAAAUACUAAAACAAUUUGUAGAACAGCUUUAUUGUGUUCAAAUGUAUCAACAAUAUAGCAUGCACGUGAAAUUCAAGACAUGUUAUAAUUUGUAGACUACAUGUUACAAGCUGAGUUAAAUAGACUUGAGGAAACACAAGAUUAAAAUGUGCAAUAUUGCAAAUUUGGAUUUCAAUUCAUCAAUGAAAUCAAAGGAAAUAGUGCUUGUUUAUUAAAAGUGAAAUAAGUUUUUAAUACCUUGUAUAAAGUAGUUCAUAAUAAUAGUAUUUUAUCAUCAUUGUUUUACUUUCAAAGCUGAACUUUUUUGUUGACAUAUUAUCUGCAAUGACUUGCAUCAAGUUUUGGUCGAAUGAGGGAGCAUAUACAUUUUUACCUCUAUCCAUCCAUGUUUUUACAGCGAUUUUUGUGAAACAAUUUCAUCAUCAGAUAAUUUUCUCAUGUUCUCUGAAUUUGAUAUCUGUGUGUUGCACUUUCAGAAUCUAGCAUUCUUGAUACAGUAUAAUAUAGUAUUGUUUCAUUUUGUAGUUGUAUUUUUGUCAUCUUCAACAUUAAUGAUUUAUGUGCUUUUGAACUGAUUUUAAUUGUGCACUUUUUGUACUUUUUGUUAUUCCAUUGAUCAAGAUAAAGAGAGAGAGGGUUGAGACCCUUAAUAGUUUGACCUCAUCUCAUAUAAAUGUGAUUGGGUCAGGUCAAGAACCUCAGUAGUAUUUGGUUUUUGAACAAGUAUAAUUUGUUUACUAAACAGAAAGUAAUCUUUUAAUAAUUGUGUAAAAGGAAUUAUACUAAAAUGAGAUAGGGGACAUUAAUGAACUCUAGAAGGUUAUGAAAUUUUUUUUGUAACAUAUUAAAUGGCCAAAACAAUUCAUGACACAGUAAACAAAACAUUUAUCAUUUAAGAUUUUUUAUACAUUUUGUAUUUGUUAUUCAAUAUUAAGUUGUUGUCUUUGAGAUGAAAAUAAAAUUUUAUAAGGAAA